UAUGUAACAGUCCCUUGAGUUGUUUUUGUUUAUGUUAGAUACAUUGUCAUUUUUCAACACUGGUUAUGUUCAAUUCUAAUUAUUGUUAUUGGCUGGUUUAUUCGUUUUAUUUUGUCAUUUAAUUACAUUUCAAUUGUUUUAUUCUAAUUAUAACAUAAUAAGAUAUGGCUGACGGAGAUAAAGAUUUUUUGACAGUUCUUAAAAUCUUAAUUGUUGGUGAGAGUGAUGUUGGAAAAUCAAGUCUUUUGUUGCGGUUCACUGAUGACACGUUUCACAACGAAGUUCCUGCUACAAUAGGAAUUGAUUUCAAGUCUGCAUAUCUUGACGUAGACGGAGUAAAUGUUAAGCUUGCUAUCUGGGAUACUGCUGGAUCAGAAAGAUUCCGAUCAUUAACGCCAAGUUUCUAUCGAGGAGCUCAUGGAGCAAUUCUAGUUUACGAUGUAACCAAAAGAGAAACUUUUAUGAAAUUGGAAAGUUGGUUUAAUGAACUGGAAGUCUACUCUACUCGAGAAAAUAUGAUUAAGAUGGUUGUUGGAAAUAAAAUCGACAAAGAAAAUCGUGAAGUUUCCCGUGAAGAAGGUUUGAAAUGGGCACGAAAACAUUCAACAUUGUUUAUUGAAGCAAGUGCUCGAACCAAAGAAGGAGUUAAAACAGCAUUCGAAGAGCUGGUCGAGAAAAUACUACAAACUCCUGGUCUAUGGGAAGAAGUGAGACGAAAGCGAAAUAUCAACCUAGAGGAAGAAGAACCAGCGUCUACUGGUUGGUGCGGAGGUUAUUGUGCCUAAUAAUUCUUCGGACAUUUACACAACCACAAAUCUCAAUGGAACCCAAUUAUAUCUGGAAUAAUUUUUUGCUAUAUUUCAAAUUUAAUUGUGAUUCACGAGAUCAGAUAAAUUGAAAGCUACAUAAUGGUUAUUUAAAAAUAUGAUCUCGAUGACUAAAGAAAAAUUAUUCCAACGGGAGAGCGUAAAUUUGAAAGCGAAUCAUCGAAGCUGUUUAAAAUACCUGAUGACAUCAAAUUAUUUAUAAUUAUUGUAUAAAAAGCUUCAAAAAAAUCAAGACCAGACUAAUUAAGUCAUAUGGUCAAAUACAUUUUUUAAAUGGAUAAUUUUUACCAUUACAGAUUACUGUUAAUAAAAGUUGAUGAUCUAAGAA